AUGAUCCACAGCUUAUUUGUGAUCAACAACACAGGGGAUGUGUUCUUGGAGAAGCAUUGGAAGAGUGUGGUCAACAAGUCCAUUUGUGACUACUUCUUUGAGGUCCAGAGUAAAGCGUCAAAUCCAGAAGAUGUACCACCAGUUAUUGCCACUCCACAUCAUUACCUCAUCAACAUCUAUCGCAACAACUUGUAUUUUGUCGCAGUAGUCACCACUGAAG